CAAACAGAGCCUUUUCUUGAGAGAAUCCACUACACAAAGGCAUUUAAUAACAAAAUCAAUGUAUCCAGUCAACGAUUUAAUGAAGACGAUGAACCGAAGAUAUGCUGUGCUCCUUUCAGUAUUCAUCUGUCAGGUUCAUGCCAUGCUGCCUCAGGACUGUCCCAGUAAGCAAGACCUACAGAACUCAAUUCAACAGGCUCAGAAACUGCUCUCAGCGCAGGAAGAUUCGUACCUGCAGAGUCUUCGCACUUUGAGGAAGAAACUGAACCUACUGCACGAUAGCGUCGCACGCCGGCCCGCUAAAGCAAAGAACUCUACUUGUCCUGACCUGGAUGCUCCUGUCAAUGGCAAAAAGCUGGGGAAGAUUCUGUUUCCUGGUCAUGAAGUUCACUUCCUGUGCGACGAGGGCUUUGAGCUGUUGGGUUCAGAGACGCGGCAGUGUAAGGACUGGCUCGGCUGGAGCGGUCAGCAGCCCGUCUGCAGAGAUAUCGAUGAGUGUCUUUCAUCACCUUGUGCCAACGGAGGAGCGUGUACAGACGAGGUCAAUGGAUUCAGCUGCGUCUGCGCCAAGGGCUGGGCCGGACCCACCUGCCAGUCUCCAACACCAACAUUUUUUGUCACUAUAGCGAACACGUCUCCUGUCAGCGCUGGAGCUGCGGCCGCGUCCUCGUUCCCUCUGACCCGCACGUCUUCAGCGUCCAGAUGCGGUCAGGUUCAGGGAACGACCCGCUGCACCUGUGAGCCUGGAUUCACCAUCUCCAGCCACGACAGCAGCGUCUGCACAGACAUUGACGAGUGUAAACUGUUCCACGAUGGGCAGGCCGGCCGUCUGUGUUUGCACGCGUGUGUUAACACCGCUGGCGGGUACCGAUGCAGCUGCCCUGCUGGUUACAGCGUGACCCGUGACGGCCGGAACUGCAAAGAUAUCGAUGAGUGCAGCAGCAGGCAGAACAACUGCACGCGCGAGCAGCUCUGCAUCAACACCUACGGAGGCUUUCAGUGCGUGACAGUGGAGUGUCCGCAGAUACGGAACGCCAGUUACGCCAAAACCUCUCCAGUGCGCUGUGAGAGGAACCCGUGUCCCGUGGACAGCAGGACCUGCUCUCAGGCGCCAAACUCAGUGUCCUUCCACUACAUGUCUGUGGUGUCCAAGCUGUCCGCUCCGCGCGUCAUGUUCCGCGUGUCGGCCGUCAGAAUGAUAGGAGACGCGCUGCGCUUCGCGUUACUGGGCGGCCGCGGCCGGCGGCACUUCAGCGUGCAGCGCUCCGAUCGUCAGACGGGUGAACUGCUGCUGACUAGUCCUGUCCAGGGUCCCGCCACGCUGGACGCAGAGCUGGAGAUGAGUGAACUGGAGAGGAGAGAACUGCUGGGACGUUACAUCACCAAGAUUACCAUCUUUGUCUCACCAUAUGAGUUUUAG